AAUGAACAAUUUGUUUGUUGAAAUUUUUCACAUUUAAAGAGAGCGAUUUGAUUUUGUUUCCGAUGCCGUUUUCGAGUUUGAAGCAAGUUAUCAUUUUUUAUUGAUUUGACGAAUUAAUUCUUGGUAUAAAAAAAAAACAAUCAUCAUGAGUUUUCGUGGACGAUCUCGUCCACGUUUUAUUUUUCGUCCGGCUGCAUUGCCGGUUACAUCAUUAUCAUCAUCAUCAUCAUUAUCAACAACAACGACGACUACGACGACAACAUCACCAUUAUCAUCUUUAUCACCAUCAUUACCAUCAUUACCAAUUGACACUCCGACCAGGCUGACCACUGAAGUGGUUGAAGAACAAACCCGAGAACAGUUACGUCGGAUGCAAAUUCAAGCUCCAUCUUUUCGCGAUUCUGGUGACAAUAUUUCGGUUACACGUGCUGAACACUUGGAACGAAAAAGCCCACCACAAAUCAAACCUCAAUCAAAAGGAGGAACUACAGUAAUUCGUCGGGAUUUUUCGAAUUAUCCUGAAGCACAAUCUUAUCCGAUUGUAUAUUCCGGUAAAUUUGAAUCCGGUACUAAUGGUCGUACAAUUGAAUUAUUGGCCAAUUUCAUGUUGAUUAAUGUCCAUCCAACAAUUGUCUUCCAAUAUGAUGUGGAUUUUAAAUUCAAAAAUUCUGAAAGACAAAAAACAAUUUCCGCUGAUGAAAAUGAACGAAUCCAAAGAUUUUUUGCAAAACAUGCCCCAAAAUUGGUUGAUCGAUUUGUUAACGUAAACCAAAAUGUUUUCACGGGAAUCAAACAUAUAUACGAUAAUGGUAAAAAUAUUUAUGCCACCGAAGAUAUUGAUUCCUCUAUUUUGGUGAAAAAUAUUGAUGCUGAAAUCGAUGGACGAAAAAAAGAAUUUAUUGUUGAAUUUUCAAAAGUUCAAAUCAUUGAUCUUUCAACAAUUAUUGGAUUUUAUUCCGGGAAAAUAUCCAAUAUACCUGAAGUGGCAAUCAGCUUUCUUGAAGUUUUAUUUCAGAAUAUUUGUCUGAAUAAAUUUCAACUACAUCGUAGAAAUUUAUAUGAUGUUGAAAAUGGCCAAACAAGUGGUCCAAAUUCAUGGCUACGAUUUGUUCAAGGCUUCACUACAGCUGUUCAUCGUACCCAGAUUGGACCUUCAUUGAAUCUACAUUUAAAAACAUCAUGUUUGAUUUCAUUUAGUACUGAAUCAUUAGUUCAAUUGGUGGAAAUGAUUUCCGAUUGUCGUAAUAUACGAAAUUUAUCAUCGAAUGAUCUUGACCGUGUAAAUAAAAUAAUCCGUGGAUUAGAAGUUUAUUCAACACAUAUGGGCCGAAGAAUGACCUAUAAAAUUAAAGCUCUUGUUUCAAAAAAACCACGUGAAGUAACAUUCAUGUUUCGAGAACGAAAUAAUGGUAAUGGUGACGACAACAACAACGAUCACGAAAGAUUGAUUUCAGUAUAUGAUUAUUUUAUGAUGAAAUAUCAAAUGGAAUUAGAAGAUUAUCCAACAGUUCAAAUGAUGGGACGAUCAAAUUUUUUCAUGCCAUUGGAAAUUUUACAUAUGGUGGAUAAACAAUUUUUGAAUCAGUCCAAAAUUGAUCCAUUAAUCCAAAAUGAUCUUCUACAUGCGUCCACACAUAAACCAUUGGUUUAUUUUAAUCAUUUAUCAAGAUUUGCUACAGAAAUUGCUCAAUUGGAUACGGAUAAAAUGAAUCAUUUUGGUGCAAAUUUUUCACCAAAACCAGUUCGCCUCAAUGGCCGUGUUUUGGAUCCACCACAUCUAAUUGGUGGUGGUCGUAAUGAUCGUUUUGCAUCAACAGUUGGUUCAAAACAAUGGGCAUUUUUCAGUUUCGACGAAAAAUUUGAUAAACGAGAUGUGGCUAAUAUUGUUUCAGAAUUGAAACAAACUGGUCAUCGUUUUGGUUUGGAUUUAUCGAAAUGUGUAGAAACUCAAGUUGUACCAAUCGAUAAUCGAAGUCUGAAUGUGGUAAAAAAUGUCUUUGCCAACAUUUUGAAAUUAUUACCCGAUGUUAAUUUAUUGUUCAUCUUAUUACCACAAAUUCCAUAUUUGUAUAAUAUUGUCAAACAUUUUGGUGAUCAAAAAUUUGGUAUCAUCACUCAAUGUUUGUUAUCAUCGAAAGCUAAAAGACGUUCUCGUGGUUACAUUGAGAGUGUUUUGUUAAAAGUUAAUGGAAAACUUAAUGGUCAAAAUAGCUAUAUUGAUACAAGGGACCUGAAAUCUUUACCAUUUGAUCACAUGAAAACUAUGGCUAUUGGUAUUGAUGUUAAUCAUCCUGGUAGUGGUGAAAAAGUUUUAAAUUCAAUUGCUUGCGCAAUCGGUAGUUAUGAUCAACAUUUCACUCGUUAUUCAGCAAGUAUACGUGUUCAAAAACGAGAAAAAGAAGAAUUGAUCCAUGUACUUGAAGAAAUGAUUAAUGAAUUGUUGGAUGAAUAUGAAAAAAUUAACAAAUAUUUACCGGAAAAUUUUAUCGUCUUCCGUGAUGGUAUUGGUGAUGGACAAUUUAAAUCUGCUCAAGAUGAAAUUGAUCAAAUCCGUCGAGCUGUACGUCUUCGUGUUGAGAAUUACAAAUUAUUGUUUAUUGUUACACAGAAACGUCAUCAAACUCGUUUUGUAUUGUCCAAGCCAAGUGGUCCAUCUGAUCGUCCUGUUCAUAAUGUACCAUCAGGAACUGUAGUUGAUACUACAAUCAUCGAUCCAAACUAUUGUAUGUUUUACAUCAAUUCACAUUUCUCACCAUUGGGAACAUCACGUCCAUUGAAAUAUGUUGUUUUACAUAAUGAUUAUGAACGGCGACAAAUGAGUAUGGAUGAUUUACAAAAACUUUGUUUCUAUUUAUGCCAUAAUUGUACUCGCUUUCGUGGUGGUCCAAUUGCCAUGCCAAUUCCAGUUCGUUAUGCUGAUCUUUGUGCUUAUCGUUCUAAAUUACAUCUAGAAGGACAACAUGAAAGUAGACAUAUUCCAGCUGAAAACCAAGAAGAAUUUGAACGUCAUAUCAUAACACGAUUGAAUGAAUUGGUUAAAUUGAAUGAUAAAAUGAAAAAUACUCUUUUCUAUUGUUAAAAUAAGAAAAAAAUAUCAUCAAAAAAACACAUUUAUUUCGAAAAAUUCCAAACACACAAAGUAUUCUUAAAAAAUU